UGGAAAUGUUAUGAGUAAGAUUUUAAGAAGACGAGGACGACUAGGCCUAUUAGUUAGUAGUAUUACUAACGUUAUUUAAACUACACCAAGAACGCAAAAAUAAAAGUCGUUUAACAUUGCCAUUUCCUGGCUAAUUAUAUGUGUGGUCAGAAGGCUUAGCCGGAGAUUGAAGAAGUACCUACAGUACUGUCACAAAGAGUUCAUAUAGGCUAGGCCCCCAAAAAACAUGAAAACAGUUUUGUUGUUAGAUCCGUGAGGGCGUGCUCAUUCCUUAAUGCGCGAGAGUCAAGCUCCCUGCUCAGAAUCAUUCACAGCUGACAGGGGCCUAGCCUAGGAAUAUACAAUGUUUAUGUUCUGUCCUACCUGUGGAAAUGUUCUUGUUGUAGAAGAAGGUCCGCAGUGCCUACGGUUUUCAUGUAACACUUGUCCGUUUAUACAUAACGUUAAAAGAAAGAUUUCUAGUAAAGUUUACCCGAAGUUAAAAGAACUAGAUGAUGUCCUCGGUGGAGCCUCAGCAUGGGAGAAUGUGGACUCAACAGAAGAAAAAUGUCCAAAAUGUGAUCAUCCUAGAGCAUUUUUUAUGCAAAUUCAAACAAGGUCAGCUGAUGAGCCGAUGACGACAUUCUACAAGUGUUGCAACCUUGAAUGUGGGCAUAGGUGGAGAGAUUGAGAUUGCAGAUCGCAAUCGUGUCGCUGAAAUUUACUACUACUGUAUCAGUAAGAUCAUGCUAAGAUCGAACAAGAUCAAGCUACAUGUUAUCAGAAUGACGUUAAAAUGCUGAUCCACGCUUCCAGCGAAUCUCUCAUGAUGAUAUUUUGUUACACUAAUUCACAUCAGAGAGUAUUGCAUUAUAAUGGGGAUAUGUAUGGCGUCCAUAAUUGAUGGUAGAAAUGAAUAAUUAUUUAUUAAUAAACCACAAAAAAUAUUAAAAGAACUACUUUAAAUUCUGUUAUUGUCUUCAGGUUUUAAACCAAAAUUUAUGAAACAACAUUUGAUAGACCCGUCUCAGUUGAAUGCUUUCUGUUGAUUAGAAAUAUUGAGGUUGAUUUUAAUUGCUAAAAACUAGAGAAAGAACAUUCCCAGUAGAUUAGUAUUUUGUGAGACAUCUGUAAGAAACUGUGAACCAAACUUCAAACCAAAAUAUAUGUUUACUUUUAAAUUGAUUUUUAGACGCAAGUUAUUCAGACAUUGGUUGCUUUGAUUAGUCUUAGUUGUCAGUACAGUACACCCUCUGCUUCAAGACCCCUCUACUUUGAGACAACUUUUUCAAAGAACCAAAUCACAAUCUUCAAUCUUUUAACACAAAGCUAACCUUUUAAUUGGAGACUGAAACUAGACCACCCCAACUUUUGAGGUCCGAAAGGUGGUCUCGAAUUUUAAAGGUGGAGUGCGUAUUGUAUUUUAUGUGUGUAACGAAAAAAAUAUUUUCUCAUUCUAUAAUUCUCUGUUGAAAACUUUAUUAUAUGCCUACAAAUUAAAACAAAGACAUUUAAAAGUUCUUGAUUCAAACAUUGAGUUUUUGGAUCAACACACAACAUAAAAAUCAAUGCAAACCUAAUAUUUUAAAAAGUUUAUUAACCGCAACAGUGUGUAGUAGCCCUUAUUAAAUGUUUUAAGGUUACUGUG